AUGCUCUUCCUGGCGGUUGUGCUCUUCUUUAAUACAUUUCUUCCCAGUGUAGCCGCCUGGCUUGCCAAUAGAUGGUUAGUGGACGAUCACCCUGUGCCUGCUUUGCCCUUUCUCUGGCCCAGUGAUGCUCCUUUGGAGACUGUCGUGGUAGAGCUCGAAAGCUACCUUGAACAGCAUGUGUCGUUGGCGCAGGCAGGGCUUGACCUCCUAAACGUUGUGAUCGACAAGACACAUUUGGCUGAACUGAGAUCGCCUGAAAAUGCUUCUUUUCUAGUGCUCUGUCGUAACGACGAGUUGUAUUCGAUGCUCGAGACGGUGCAGAGCAUCAACGAUAGAUACAACCACCAAUUCAGUCACGACUGGGUGUUCCUCAACGAUGAACCUUUUGACGAGUUCUUUAUGAUCGGCAUAGCACUGGCGAUCCCUGGAGGGAAGAUCAGCUUUGGCCAGGUGCCAAAGGAACAUUGGGGAAGUCCACUGUGGAUAGACCCAGGCAAAGCAGCAGCAGCUCGGCAAGAGCUUCUAGCGAAAGACGUCUACAAGGCAAACAGCACGAGCUACAGAAACAUGUGUCGGUUUUACCUGGGUUUUUUCUACAAGCACCUGCUAUUAGACGGGUAUGACUACUACUGGCGGUUGGAACCUGGGGUGAAGUACUCGUGCGAUAUUGGCUACGAUGUGUUCCAGUUUAUGAGAGAAAACAAAAGAGACUAUGGGUUUACACUUGCCCUUUUUGAAUACAGAGACACCAUUGCCACACUCUGGGAGACCAGCAAAAAAUACUUCAACCAAUUGGCCCUUCCGCAGGACAACUUGGUGGAAUUUUUGCAAAACCUGGACGGCCUGUAUAACUUGUGCCAUUUUUGGCUGAACUUUGAGAUUGCCAGUCUUGCGUUUUUCAGGUCUCGUGAAUACCAGGCUUAUUUCGACCACCUCGAUCAGGCUGGCGGCUUCUUCUACGAGCGCUGGGGCGAUGCUCCUAUCCAUACAAUGGCUGUGGCGCAUCUCCUUAACAAAAGCCGUCUCUGGUGGUUCGGCGAUAUAGGCUACUGGCACUCGCCGUAUUUACAAUGCCCGCGGGGAAAAACCUUCUUAGACAGGAAGUGUUCUUGUAAUAUUGAGGCUGAUUUCACCUUCACUGACCUCAGCUGUGUACCCUUGUACCUCAGCUUGCAAGGCCAGUGA